UUUGUCUGCUUAUCGUCCCACGGACGCGCAGUGUGGCCCUGCAUAAACAUACGCUACUUACCGCUUUGAGAGUAGGCCUAUACUUGGAAUGGUAGAAGAGGCAUGAGCACACUAUACAUAUGAGUCCCGCAUGUUAUUACAGUGUUUAGGCGAUAACAGUAGCGCUUUUUCCAUAUUGGACCACAUCGUGGAUCUUAUUUGUUAUGAAAAGUGAAAUAUGCAGGAUUGAUUAAAUAAUGCGUUAAAAAGCGGGAGCCAACAACACCACAACAGCUGGCCAAUGCCUUUUAUUGUGGCACCAAAAUAAUUCGGGUCAUUUCCCUCCCAUCUAUAAAAGCUUUGCGCGUCACUCACACGACAUCGUGAACUUGGGAGGCAGAUAUCUUCUGCGUCUUGCCUCCCAAAGCGGGUCGCAGUUGGAGAAUAGUUGGCCAGAGGCGACACCACCAUGACAGCGACUUCUGAGAAAGUGCAAAGCGUCUCUUUCGGACCCCCGCAUCUCCCGCACUGCGUGGCACCGCGUUCGUGGAGUCCUGAGUGUUGUGGAUGUGUUCAGGUGCUGGGCUCGUCCCCCGCUCGGCCCUCCACGCUGAGUCGUCUGCUGAAGUGUGCCGCCAUCGCUCUGAUUGUUGGCGCACUUGUGAUGCUGUGCGCAUCCGUCGGGGCUUUCUACCAGUGGAAAGUCAGCGAUAAAAACGUGCAUAACGUCCACUACAACAUGCGGAUCAACGGGGAGCUGAGGGGGGGCACGGUGGAGAUCGACCCCCAGAACCACCAGGAGACGUUCACCACCGGGAGCGGCGACCAGGAGGCCGUGGAGAUCCACGACUUCCAGACGGGCAUCAGCGGACUGCGCUUCUUCAGGGGGGAGAAGUGCUACAUCAAACCCCACAUCAAAGCCCCCCUCCCGGACCUGGGGGGCUACACCGAGAGGCUGACUUCAGACCUGUCGGAGGAGACCCUCCCCGUGCGGCUGGACCAGGACUCGGUGAUCUGGGUCGCGGCCGACCUCCCCACACAGGACAGCCGCUUCCUCAGCCCCAAGAUCCUGGCGCUGUGUGGGGACGCCCCCGUGUACUGGGCUCCACCCCUCCCGCCCCAGAGGUCCCUACUGCUCCUUCUCCCUGCUAGCCUUAAUGACGAGGUCUGUGGCGGCCUGUGGCGGCCUGUGGCGGGCGGGAGGUUGGGGUGUACCAGGAUACACAGUUGAUUUGCAUCUGAGAGAUUCUAGGUCGAAUCGAGUUUCAAUAUUUAAAAUCUGGGGAGAGUUAUCCGACACGAUGUCGUGUUUUUCCCCGUGUGUGUGAUGGUGUCAUACUGUCAACGAUGUGACACGUGUACGCCGUUUGGUCUUCCUUCCGUGUCGACGCGUGUUAGUGCGUUCGCGGAGACAUAGCUUCCACAUCUCUGCAACAUACAGCGUGUUUACUGAGCGGCUAAGCCGACGGAAAUAAGCAGCGGUCGUGCAUUAAUAAAAACAGAACACUAGUGAAAUAUGCA